GCUGGACAUCCUCUGAACGAUCCUGAAACACGCCUCACUUCUUCCAUCCGCCUCAUUCCUCCUGCAUGCGGUGCAAACAUGUGGCCUAUCAGAAUGCUGAGCUUCCUCAUGCUCAUCCUUUCACUGUGUGAUGCUGGCAGCACAUGCACAAUAGAGGACAGCCCUCUUAUUCUGCACCCACGUAGGAUUAUAGAAGAAUAUGGAGGAAAUCCUGUCUCUGUAAACUGUACCAGUGAAAGUGAUAAUCAUAAUGGGAUGUACUGGACAGUUGGAAAUGAAAGCUCUCCCAUCGAAAAAGAAGAACCUUUAAUCUCCUACUCAGUGCCACUGUCAGACUGGGAUGUGAAGGCCGAGUGUAAAAUAAAAUUAAAUGAGUCUUAUGAAUGUAGCAGGAAACUUAAAGUUAUUCUAUUUAAAAAUCCAGAAGUUGUUCUUUCUGCACAGCGUGUAAAUGUGAUGGGAGAAGAAACACAGCACAGACUGCAGUGUGACAUCAUCAAUGUUGCUCCUGUUCAGCACCUCACUGUUAGCUGGUACAAAAACAAUGAAAGCAUCAUGACACAGUCUUUCAAUGACACAACCAAAACACCAGUAAAUGAGUCCUCUGUUCUGAGAGUCACCAUCAGCAGAGAAGAAAAUGAAGUUCAGUUCAGAUGUGAAGCUCAGCUGGACUUUGGAUCAUAUGGACCACAACUUCCUGUCAUUUCUCAAACAUACAGUAUUUCAGCACACUAUGCUCCUGAGCUGAACACAAAAAAUAAUCCUCAUGACAUUUCAACACUUGAGGGCACUGAUAUCACCUUGAGCUGUGAAGCUGAGGGAAACCCUCCUCCUGUCUAUCACUGGACUUGUGAUGGAGUGAAUCAGUUGGAGAACACAAACAGUCUCAGCAUCACUGGAGUGAACCAUAAUGUGACCUGCACCUGCACAGCUACCAAUGAUCUGGGAAACAUAACUAAGACAAUUCAUGUUCAUGUCAAAGAAAGAGGUUGCCCUCUCACACUGACGCCUUCUGAAAUUGUUGUGAGAUUUGGAGAUCCAGUUUCAAUCAACUGCAGCACAUCAGCCACAUAUGUUGUUGGAAUGGGCUGGGAGGCUCCAUUUGGAGGCACGGGAUUUGAACCUCCUCCUGCUGUCAUAUGGAGGGUCGAAAAAGUGGAAGAGUGGACUCCAAGUCCUUCCUGCUAUGCUACUCUGGAUGAUCAUUCCCAGUGUUUAGUGAGUCCAGUCAUCACUGUUUAUAAACCUCCAGACUCUGUGUCAGUCUCUGCAGUGGAUCAUAGUUCCAUACUGGAGGGCAGAGAGUAUCACCUGAAAUGUGAUAUCAACAAUGUGGCUCCUGUGCAGAAUCUCAGUGUGACGUGGUACAGAGGCAAAGAAACUGUGCUCACACAGAAGUUUGAUGAAUUCAGUGUGACUCCAGUAAAUAAAUCUUCUAGUCUCAGAGUCACCGCUCAGAGAGAUCACAAUGGAUCAGUUUUCAGAUGUGAGGCUGAGCUGCAGCUGGGACCCAAAGGACCAGAGUUGUCCCCUUCUGUGAUCUCAGCACCUUACACUGCUGUUGUUCUCUAUGCCCCUGAGUUCAAAGAAGGCAGUGACAGCAAGGAGGUGCUCCUGGGUGAGAAUGUUACUUUAAGCUGCAGUGCUGACAGUAACCCUCCCGCUAUCAUUGAAUGGAUCUAUGCAGCUGCUGGGAAUUCAAAAGAGACCACCGAGGGGCGCCAGAGGACUGUCACUAUCACCAGAGCCACCUUCAUCAAUGCCGGUGUUUACAUUUGUGUUGGAGAGAACAAAGUUGGGAGAAAGGCAAGAUCUGUCACACUGCUGGUCAAAGAUGGAAGUACUAAAAUCCUCUUUCCAGUCAUUUGGGUGUUUCUCAUUGUGUUCACCAUCGGCGUCGUCCUGCUCAUGUUCCUUUUAAACAAUAUGAAGAAAAAACGUGGACAUUACAGUGUUUCUUCCAACAAAGUACCAAAGGGUUCAGAUAUCCCUUUGGUACCAGUUAAUAGCAGUAUUUAG